AUGACCACCGCACCCCGUGUCGGCCUCCCAGGCCUCGACGCACCCCUCACAAAGUAUGUCGGCAAGUACCUCGGCAAGUACGGGGGCGCCUUCCCGUCUGCUGUCCAGGAGGGUCAAUGGCAGUCCAACACCAUCACCACGCGCGAGCGUGCCAUGCUGUGGUUCAUCAACACCAUCACCGACAAGCCCGAGUGGGACCGCAAGGUGUUCGACGACACCAUUGUGGCCAAGUGGAGGGCCGAGCUGGACACGUUCGUUGCCACCGGCCUGGAGCCGCUCGACCGCGGCUUCACCAACGAGAUGUACGACUACUGCAUCAAGGAGCUCCGUGACAAGGCCAAGGUUCACCAGGAGACUGGCCUUGUCGCCGUGUUCGACGCUGCCGGUGCCGUGUUCAAGUCGGACACCGCCGUGUCCCAGACCCUUCGGGACGCGCUCCGCAAGGCCGCUGCGCCCCUCGAGGAAGGAGACAAGGACUGGCACCCGGGAAGCGACGACAAGGUGCUCGACCUCGUGCACCCCUCGCUCUGGCCUCUGGUGUACGGCCGCACCCACGUGCUCAAGGACAAGGAGAUCAACCUCGACAACUGCCUCGACGCGUACGGCAGCGGUGACGCCCUUCCCUUGCCCACCAACGAGCCCGAGCAGGAGAACAAGUGGGGCCCGCCCGCUGUCGAGCGCCUGCUUUCGACCAAGUUCCAGUGGCUUCCCGCCGAGGUCGAGUUUGUCGACAACAAGGCCAAGUUUACGAGCUACAUCAACAACCUCCACCCCAAGCACCAGGCCGAGGUCUACCCCGUCGUCGAGGACCUCCUCACCGCCGCCAUGCCGCUCUUCCAGGCGACCUACGACCGUGUCAUGUCGUGGACCGCCGUGGAGGACGAGAUGGUCCGCACUCGCGUCCCCUGCAUGACAAGCAACCGCCAGUGCACUACGCCGAUGAUUUGCAACCCCAAGAACAAGGAGGGCAACUACUGGUGCAGCUCGUACAACCACACGUACAUCGCCCACCCCGAGAGGAGGCGCGACGACUCACCGAACCCCGAGAACGACGGCGAGGAGGAUGAGGACGACGACGACGACGACAACGACAACGACGACGACGAUGAGGACAAUGACAAUGACAAUGACGACGGAGAAGAUUACCUGGACGCGCUGAUGGAGGAGAUCGAGCAGGACCGGAUUGCCAACCCAACGGAGGCCGCCAACACGGAGGCCACCACCACCGAGGGUGCCGCGGGUGGUGCAACCGAGAAUGGCGUGGCCGUGGCGAACGAUAACGACGACGACGACGAAGACGACGAAAGUGACGACGACGACAACUGGGAAGCUCAGGAAGCCUGGUUCAACGAGACACACCCCAUCAAGCAGCCUGAGCCCAAGGAGUACGAGUACCUCGGCGUCAAGGAGUUCAACACCGCCGGCCCAUGGUUCCCAGAGCACAAGCGGCUCCAGGUCAUUGUCAAGCUCGCCAACAUCCACCUCACGCCCGAGAAGCCCACGUACGACGGCGGCAGCUGGCACAUUGAGGGCCAGCUGAACGAGCGUAUCUGCGCCACGGCCCUGUACUACUAUGACAACGACAACAUUACCGAGUCCAAGCUCGGUUUCCGCACCGUGGCAGACAGGGAGGAGAUGACGUGCAACUUUGAGUACGACCAGGGCGACCACGAGCCGUUCAAGCAGAUCUACGGCGCCAACGUCGAGAUGGGCGACGAGGACUCUGCCGCGCAGCAGCACCACGGCGACGUGGUCACGAGCGAGGGUCGUCUCCUCGUCUUCCCCAACGUGUACCAGCACCGCGUGUCUGGCUUUGAGCUCGCCGACAAGACCAAGCCGGGCCACCGCAAGAUUGUGGCCAUCUUCCUCGUCGACCCCAACACGCCCGUCAUCUCCACCGCCAACGUGCCCCCGCAGCAGAUCCACUGGUGCGGCAUUGCGCCCGUCGACAACAAGCUCCCGCCCGAGAUUGCCGAGAUGGUCUACAGCGAGCUGCCGUGCCCUUACAACCUCGACACGGCCAAGAAGAUUCGCGAAGAGCUCAUCGAGGAGCGCAAGACCCUCGACGUCAAGACGGACGAGCUUGUGCGCUACGCCGAGUGGAGUUUCUGCGAGCACUAG